AUGCCGAUUCUCUAUUGGACAUUAGGAGGCAUUCUGUUGGAGCUCUCUAAUCAUCCUCGAUGGUAUAACCCUCAGAAGCAAAGAUUUUUUAUGAAAUUAAAAUUUUUCCCAUCUUUAUGGUGGCUGCUUUUGGGACUAUCUACCCUAAUGCACCAAGCAGACUCAUUGACUUUCAGGAUUGGAAUUGUGGGACCAUGGAACUGUGACCCACAUUUUUCUAAAGCCCUCCCAGGUGUGGCUGCCAAGUUGGCCAUAGAUCGAAUCAAGAGAGAGAAUUUCCUACAAAGUGGAUAUGAACUUGAAUAUGCAGUGCUUCAAGAUGACUGCCAGACUUCACUGGCUCUCACAAACUUUAUGGAGUUUGGUAAACACGUAUCGGUGUUUCUCGGUCCAGUGAACCCAGGUUACUGUGAGGCAGCUUCACUGAUGGGCAAGUAUUGGAAUAAAGGAAUAUUUUCAUGGGCUUGUGUUAACUUUCAGCUUGAUAAUGCCAAUAGUUACCCAACAUUUGUGAGGACCUUGUUAUCCCCCGUCAAGGUUUUGUUUAGUGUCAUGAAAUAUUUUCUCUGGGCCCACAUUGGUAUAAUAUCUUCAAAUGAAAAUAUUUGGGUAGAUACUGCCAACAAAGUGGCCAAUGCCCUCAGAUACAAUGGACUUCCAGUUGGGAUUGUCAGCUCGAUGGGGUACACUGAUGAAGAUGUUUUGCAAACCUUAAAGAAGAUUAAAAAUGUUCCAGGCCUUCGAGUGAUUGUGAUGUGCAUGCACUCGGUCCUCAUUGGAGGUGAGGAGCAGUCAAUCUUCCUGCAGAAAGCCCAUGACAUGGGGUUGACAGAUGGGAGAUAUGUCUUCAUACCAUACGACACUUUACUCUACAGCCUACCUCACAAGAAUGCUACUUACUCCGCACUGAGGAACAGCUCCAAACUGUUAGCUGCCUACGACGCUGUCUUGACGAUAACAAUGGCUUCAGAAGAGAUGUCCUUUUUCGAGGCUUUCACAAAGGCACAAGAGAGUGGAGAAAUGGCAACAUCCCAGCUUGCAGAGCAGGUCUCCCCACUUUUUGGAACAAUUUACAAUGGCAUUUAUUUCAUCGCCAAGACCAUGGAGAAUGUGCUGAGAGAUGGAGUCUAUAUCUCGGGAAGAAGUCUCGCCAACUAUACCAAGAACCUGAACUUCACUGGUUUUAAUCAGAAAGUCGAGACCAGGGAACAAGGUGAAGGGAUAGCGAGCUAUGUCAUCUUGGACACCAAUAGGAGGAGUCAUCAACUGUUGGCUACCUACACCAUCAAUAUGGCAACUGAAACUCUGCAGUAUGGGGAUAUUGGCAUUCAUUUCCCUGGUGGAUCACCUCCAAAUUCUGACUCUUACUGUUGGUUUGAGCCAAAUAUUAUUUGCACGGGAGGCAUCGAGUUAAAGGUUGUUAUACUGGGUUUCGGGUUAAUCAUUGGCCUUGCACUGUGUGGACUUGUGGCCGCCUACUUUAUCAGGCGGCGAAUCCAACACAUACAGAUGGUGAAGGGACCCAACAAGAUUAUAAUGACCUUCGAUGAUCUCACCUUCAUCAAUCCCCAGCUCAGCAAGAAGAAAAUAAUUCUGGAUGACCUGAGUGAUGGAAGAAGUAUAUCUGAGCUGAAAAGUCUGAAGUCUCUGGGCCAUUCGCUGUCUGGGAGAAGCUCUGCCACGGCAACGCAUGAGAACUCAAACAUAGCGGUAUACGAGGGAGACUGGGUCUGGCUAAAGAAACUUGACUCCAGAUGUAACCAAGAGGUGCAGAAAUCUACAACCAAAAUACUGAGAAAGAUGAGAGACCUGCGGAAUGAGAACGUGAACCCCUUCUUGGGCUUCCUGUGUGACAAUGGAGUGUUAGCCAUCGCCACUGAACACUGCUCCCGGGGAAGUCUUCACGAUCUUCUCCGGAAUGACGACGUGAAGCUUGAUUGGAUGUUCAAGUCCUCCCUCCUACUGGAUCUAAUCAAGGGUAUGAAAUACCUUCACCACCGAGACUUCCCUCACGGACGACUGAAAUCCCGGAACUGUGUGGUGGAUGGACGCUUCGUGCUGAAGGUCGCCGACUAUGGCUACGUCGAGCUGUUGGAUACACAGAAAGUUCCUCAUGAGACACCGGCACCAGAAGAGUUGUUUUGGACAGCUCCUGAGUUCCUGAGAGAUCCUGAGUCAUCCAGGAAGCCAACAAUGAAAGGAGACACUUACAGUUUCGCUAUCAUCCUGCAGGAAGUCGUGGUCCGAGGCUCUCCGUACUGCAUGUUGGGUCUCAGUCCCGAAGAGAUAAUAAGGAAAGUGAAGAAGCCACCUCCGAUGUGUCGGCCCACUGUCUCUCCAGAUCAAGCGCCAUUGGAGUGUAUCCAACUGAUGAAGCAGUGCUGGACUGAGCUUCCAGACAGGAGGCCUACCUUUAACGAGAUCUUUGAUCGAUUCAAAAUCAUAAACAAAGGAAAGAAAACCAACAUCAUUGACUCGAUGCUGAGGAUGUUGGAGCAGUACUCCAGUAACCUGGAGGAUUUAAUCCGCGAGAGAACGGAAGAGCUGGAAGUGGAGAAACAGAAAACAGAGAAGCUCCUGUCACAGAUGCUGCCUCCAUCUGUUGCAGAAGCGUUGAAAACAGGCGGUAACGUGGAGCCCGAGUAUUUUGAUGAGGUGACCAUCUACUUUAGUGACAUUGUUGGUUUCACCACAAUAUCAGCGAUGAGUGAGCCGAUAGAGGUCAUCGACCUCUUGAAUGACCUCUACACUCUGUUCGAUGCUGUUUUAGGCAAUCACGAUGUUUACAAGGUCGAAACCAUUGGUGAUGCUUACAUGGUGGCAUCAGGUCUCCCGAAGAGAAAUGGCAAUAAGCACGCUGCAGAGAUUGCCAACAUGUCCCUGCACCUCCUCAGCUCGGUGGGAUCUUUCAAGAUGAGGCACAUGCCUGAAGUCCCCAUCAAGAUAAGAAUUGGGAUACAUUCAGGGCCCUGUGUGGCGGGCGUCGUGGGUCUGACCAUGCCCAGGUACUGCCUCUUUGGAGACACCAUUAACACCGCUUCACGGAUGGAAUCCACAGGCUUGCCUUAUCGAAUUCACGUCAAUCAGAGCACUGUAAAAAUUCUCCGCAGUCUGGAUGAAGGCUAUCAGAUACAGGUCCGCGGACAAACUGAGCUGAAGGGCAAAGGCAUCGAAGAAACCUAUUGGCUUGUCGGGAAAGACGAUUUUAUUGACCCUUUGCCUGAGCCACCAGCAAUCAAACCAGGAAUUAAAAGUCACGGGCUGGAUCUGGAGGAGAUUGCAGAGUGCAGAAAGUUAAAAGCAGCACAGCCUCCAGAAGGGAAGGAGUAA